UCAUUCCUGAAAGACGAAAUAUAUGGAAUUAAGGAAAUUUCAAGAUUUUCAACGGUCAAUUUUUGUCAUACCAUUUUUCUUUGGCCCUCUCCAUAUGACAGCAUCCGUAGGACUACUCAACAAAAAUCCUAUAGACAUUAGCGACAAGUUGUCGUCCACAUACUAAAAACACAAAGAAAAUUAUCUCAAAUAAUUGCUCAUUAAUCCAACUUUCUUUGUCGAUAGAAUAUUCAAUACUCACAACUGGGGACCACCCAGAACCACUUUGGUGAACUUGUUCAUCGAGCACUCCGAGUACUCGUGGCUGAGAAGGCCCACAAAUAUCGAUGUCUAGAACUGCUACCUGGAUUUCAUAAUGAGAAUUGACAAUUUAAAUAAACAAAAUUCAGUAUCAAUAAAUGUACUCCGAGUGUUGUAGGUGCCAUUUGUGUAGCUGUUUGAAAACAUCCAGCUAAUGGGUGUAGAAUGUAUUUAUUACAUUUCAUUAAAUUGAAUCAUCAUGUCAUUCGUCAGGUAAUAAAAUAAUUUUUUAAUAUUAUUAAUUAUUCUCAAUUUAUUCCUGUGCAAUGAACUAUACUCAUUCCCAUUAAUAUUUACCAAUUUUUUUACUCGUUUUUGUUAUUAUUAUGAUUAUAGUAUUCGUAUCAUGAGAAGAUGGAAGAGUUUUAUGUAAAUUCAAUAAAAUUUGUAGAACACCUGGUAUACAGGAAGCAAUAGAGGACAAGCAGGUAUAAAUCAAUAGGAGGCUGGUACAGGUUGGCACAGCAGGCACAAAUAGCUAUAGUAAGUAAAAUUCUGGAGCACAACACAUUCCUUGAAACUUUCAGUCCCUCUUUGUUUCCACUCUAUGAAAAUGUACAUUGAAAAUCACAUGGACGUGCUUGGAUUAGGAAAGCGGCAAAUUCAACCUUGGAGUACCGUCGGUGCAUCGAUGCCGGCAAUAGAGCCAUUAAUUCCAAUCGGAGCAGCCGAAUACUACAAACGUUCUUCCUUAAUGCCUUGGCAACCAAGUAUCAGCUACAAUCAGAACGUCCAAGUCGUUCCUUUAUCCAGAAAAUGUGUCUCGAGCUAUGCGAUUGAUCCAAGUGGCGCAAUGACGAGCAAACCUCUCAGGUUUCCAAAUCUCGUAACCGGAUACCAACGCGAUCCAGUGCACGCAGCCCAGACGGCUCUCCACACGAGAUACACCCCGAACGAAUGGUUCCAAAAACAAAUGAGAUUUUACAAUGAGGCUGACGCGAAUACUCAUUAUUCCGAGAGGAUACGCAACGAUGCUAAUAAAAUAAUGAGAGCUGCAGAGGAGAAAAUCCAAUACGCUCAAUACGACACGGGACGGAGAUUGGGCGAGAGGAUAACGGAUGUGACAUUUUGGCGAAAUGAAAUCGCCUCCGAGCUGGAAAAGCUCAUACAAGAAUGUGAACGGCUCCAAGACUGUCGGAACGUACUGGAAAAAACGAUGCACGAUCUCGAAGGUCCUUUGCACGUCGUUGAAGAGUGUCUCUAUCAUCGAGAAGCGAGGAAAAGCACUGAACUCGUUCACGACGACUGCGAAAAAUCGUUGCUCCACGAACUAUCCAAUCUUCGAAACAGCCAAAAAGUGGUAGAGGCGUGCCUCACCGACUGCAAGGAUCAGCUGAGAAACUGUCGGGCGUCCCAGCAUCAACUUGAAAUUGACUUGAAAAAUAAAGAAAGCACUUUAGGCAUAGACACACUGUGCCAUCAAUUGAACAAUUAUAGUCAUGGCUUGCAAUAUUAUUCGGGAAUUGAGAAAUACGAUCCAUGUGUUUCGGUCCAAGAAUCUUGGGCUGACGCAGCAAACAGAAUAAUACAAAAGUCCCAAACGGAGAGAACAAAGUCUUGUCAAUUGCGGUCCGAGGCCGAAGCAUUGGUCAACAGAGUGGCGAGAGACAUGUGGGAAUCGUGGACGAACACAAACAACGCUCUUACUCGACGUACCUCUGAAUUACUAGAAGCAAAAUGCCACUUGCAGCAGCACAUCAAUCGGGUUCAACAGGAAAUUUUCGAUGUUGAAAAAAACCUUGAGCUGUUGAGAAAAGCCAUUGCCGACAAGAGUCAUGCUCUUAAAGUCGCUCACACGCGACUCGAAGCGAGAAUGCAUCGGCCAGAACUCGAAUUGUGUCGAGACUAUGCUCACUUAAGUUUGCAGAAAGAGAUCGAAGGCAUAAAUAACGAAGUUAACAAGAUGCACAAAGCUCUGAAAGAGAUGGAAAACCAACAUCAAAGAUUGCUACGUUCAAAAAAUGCCCUUGAGCACGAUCUCGCUCUGAAGAUCGACGCGAUGCACAUCGAUAAAGAAAAAGUCUUUGGUCUUAGACGCGCUUACCCCGUCAACGCGCUAUUUCGAUUCUAAUGGAUCAAGGAUACAAGGGCAACUAUACCGUGUUUCCAGCACGCGUUUAAUCUGACAUUUCAAAUCGUUACACAACCUCUUAACAACAACGGUUUGUGCGAUAGUCACGUCGAGUCCAUGAAUAGAUACUUCUUUCAAGCUCCUUGCUUAGCGAACCC